UUAGACACAUUUCAUUGGUACGUAAACAAAAACACCCAAAGCCAUUUCACUCGGGAUAGUUUUCUAACGUGCGUUUAUUCCGUAAAAGUGCGGCAAAUUCAGCAAAGAUGGGUAAAGGAAAGGCAGAAGUUGGUACGCCAAAGUAUUUGGCCAACAAAAUGAAGGCAAAGGGCUUGCAGAAGCUGCGCUGGUACUGCCAGAUGUGCGAAAAGCAGUGUCGCGAUGAGAACGGCUUCAAGUGCCACACCAUGAGCGAAUCGCACCAGCGACAAAUCUUGCUAUUUGCGGACAAUGCGGGCCGUUUCAUUGACGGCUUUUCUUCCGAGUUCCUGACAGGCUAUCUUCAAAUAUUACGGCGCCAGUUCGGAACCAAGCGUGUGGCUGCCAACAAGGUGUACCAGGAGUACAUUGCAGAUCGGCACCACCUUCACAUGAACGCUACCAAAUGGCAUUCGCUGUCCGACUUUGUGAAGUAUCUCGGCCGCAACGGGCACUGUGUGGCGGACGAAACGGAUAAAGGCUGGUUCAUAACGUACAUUGACCGCGAUCCUGAGACGCUGGCCAUGCAGGAAAAGAUGGCAAAGAAGCAAAAGAUGGACAAAGAUGAUGCGGAACGUUUGGCGGAGUUUAUUGAGGAACAGGUGCGCCGAGGCAAAACCGAGGAGGAACCCAGCAGCUCCGGAUUUUCGGAACUGAAACGAGCCAAUGAGGAAGAAACGAUAAAAAUUGACCUUAAGCUGAGCAGCAAACAACAGCCACAGCAAAGCGCACCGGCGGUGGUAAUGAAGCGACCGUUCGAUACGUUGGACGAUUCGAGGAAGGAGAAAAAGCCAAAACCAUCUUCUAGCAGUGGAGAGACGAAAAAAAUGUCCGCGCUGGACGAACUUAUCCGUGAAGAGGAGCAGAAGAAGGAAAAGAGCAACCGCAAGGACUACUGGCUGGCGGAGGGAAUCGUCGUAAAGCUGGUUACCCGCUCGUUAGGCGACAAAUAUUACAAAGAGAAAGGGGUAGUUGUGGAGGUGAUAGAAAAGUAUCGUGCAAAGUUGAAGCUACUCGAAACGGGAGAGAAAUUGAAGGUGGAUCAAGCGCAUCUGGAAACCGUGAUUCCCGCAGUCGGGAAACAAAUAUUGGUAUUGAACGGAGGCUAUCGAGGUUGUACGGCGACGUUGAAAGCCAUCAACACGGAACGAUACAGCGUCACGAUAGAGAUAGCGUCUGGACCAUUGAAAGGACGGUUGGUGAGCAACGUUGCUUAUGAAGAUAUCAGUAAACUAUUUGUUUAAAAUUCGCAUUAGUUCUAUUGAGCUAUAUUUUAUUCUGGACGGGAUUGAAUCAAAUAAAAUAACGGCAAAAUAAAUUACAAAUGAACGAUAUGAAACACUUCUUAA